AUGGAGCCGGGGCUGUGGCUCCUCCUCGGGCUCACCGUGACCUCCGCCGCAGGACUCGUGCCUUGCCCUCCGGCAAGGGGCUCUGGCAGGACCAGCGUGCCCUGGGCCCCUCUCGCAGCCGGAUCCGAGUGGAACUGCGAAGAGACGGUGGCUGGUCCCCACAAGAAGACGGGGUCCCCCACCGCCAUGCAGGACCCACGCGGCGGGCCGGAGCGGGCACCGGGUCAAGCUGGGGGGCAGGCAGCCAGGGGGGACCCCGCGCGCCCCCGCGCCCGGCGCUGCACGUGCUUCACUUACAAGGACAAGGAGUGCGUCUACUAUUGCCACCUGGACAUCAUCUGGAUCAACACUCCCGAGCAGACGGUGCCCUAUGGACUCUCCAACUACAGAGGAAGUUUCCGGGGCAAACGCUCCUCAGGGACCGUUCCAGGGAGCGCCCCACCCUCCACGCAGACCCCCUCGCGCUGUGCUUGCGUUGGGAGAGAUGACAGGGCAUGCAGACGCUUCUGCACGCGUCCCCUGGGCGUCAGCAGUGACUCCAGGGGAGCCGAAAAAGCAGAUAAAGAAAAGAAAGGGAAGGCUGGUGGGGCCCGCAGAGGCCUGCGUCAAAGGUUGAAGUCAAAGGCCAACAAAGCAUGUAGGCCUUAGGCGGCCUCCACUGCUGC